AUGGGAACUUGCACGUCAACAGUAAGACAUUGUCAGAAGCAGCAACAGCAUAAUCGAGCAACAUCAAAGAAUACUAUUGUCCUUGGUCUUAAAUCACCUCCACCAUUACCACCAUUACCAACGAUUUCAUUUCCAAAUCAGCAACGUCAACAUUCUCAUUAUUUAUCUAAAGAUUUUGAUAUUGUAUCAUCAUCAUUGACUAAACCUAUCUUUCAUCAGGCAGAUACAAAUAGUUUGAUACACUUAUAUUCGUGUAAUACUAAUAUUAACAACAACAACAACAACAACAACAACUAUAGUAAUAGUAAUAGUUGUAGUAUAAUCGAUUGGAUGUCGUCAUCAGCAUCGACUGUAAGGCAGGCUCCGCCUCGAAUUCCUGUGCCCAAAACUCGACUACCUGUUCAUUAUCUGCCAUCAUCGCAACAAGCAAAUGUAAUUGUACAAUCGAGAAAUGUGGCAUCAACAGUUACUUCAACUAAUGAAACAGGCUCUAAAAAACCAAUGUCAAUUACCAAUCGUCCACCACCACCAACUGCAAUGCAAACACGUUUUGGUUUUAUACCAAGACCAGCUGUACCUGGUUUACAACCAAAUCGGUCAACGACAUUUGCAGCUCGUAGUCGUUCAAUUAGUCCAACAUCAAAUUUCAGUGGUAAUUCAUCUUCAUCAUCAUCGAUUGCUUCUCAACGUUUAGCUAAAGUCCAAACGACAUCGAAAGCAAUACCAGCCGCAAAUCUAACUACUCCAACAUCGUCAACAAUAACAACAAAUAAUACUUCAAAAUCUACAAAAACAAGAUCCCCUCGUCAUGCAGAUUCAUCAACAUCGAAAUCAAACGUCAAAUCAACUAUUCAAACUCCAACAGCAGCUAGUCGUAUGCGUUCAAGGACACCAUCACGAACUUCUGCUACAUCUUCAUCAUCAUCUAUUGCUUCUCCACCACUACACCCUCCUCCUUCGUCUGCUCCAUCAGCAACAGCAGCUCACACAACGGCAACAAUAAAAACUGAUGUUAAUGCUAUACGUGAUCGUUAUCGAAAGCAACAGCGUAUGAAUUUCUUUACCCGUCAUACUCCAUUAUCGACAGCUAAUGGUUCACCCAUAGCUAGUUCAAUUAAAUCACCCGAAACAUUGGCGAUUAACAACGAGAAUAAACGAUUAUCACCUAGAAAUGCGAUGACCAAUGAUUUAAAAGUAAUGAGACCUUCAGAAAAACCUUCAUCUCAUAAUGAUUCGACUAGUUCAAAUAUGAAAAAUUCUUCCAAUCAACCUCCAUCUGCACAUCUCUCUCAAAGCAAUAAACACAGACAACGAGCUGUUAGCAUGCUAUCUUCUGCAUCAGCGAUAUCGGAUGUACUUAACCAAGAUACGCUACUCGAAGAUGAUAAUUGUAGCCUCAAGUCAGAAGAUUUAAUGUGUGACUAUGAUGAUACAUUGACAAUCGAUUCUUCAAGUAAAAAUGACCAAACCGAUUCAAAUUCAUUAGCUUCAUUAUCAAUUGGAUCAAAUAAACAAUCGACUACAGUAAUAGCUCAUGCUUCAACGAAGCCAAAUGCUCCUCUUCAUCAACAACAACUACCUCAAACGAAAGAGCAUCGUUCAGCUACUAUAGCCAAAUGCUCAACAGCAACAACGAAUGAUAAAUCGAAUUCUAGUUUACGUGAAACACUUGACGAAUUAACUCGAUUAAGUAAUCGAAUGGAUCAUAAUAUUGACAAUGAACAGAAUCGAAGAUUAAUGACACGUUCAGUUUCAUUAAAGCCACCACCCAGUUAUUUACCACCGCUUGAAGAUGCUGAACAAAUAAGCAUGGACAUUGAAUCUUAUCGGCAAGUGAUGAAAGAUGUUAUGGUUGUUAAAACAAUUCUUCAUCAGCUUGAUCGACUACUUAAACAUUCCGAUGGUGCUAAUAUGACAGAUUCAAUGAUUGGCUCGUUUCAUGAACAUCACGAUCAUAUGUUUAGCUCAAGGCGUUAUUCAACAAGUCAGAACGAUGGAAGUCUUCUGAAUUCAAUUGAUGAAAAUUCUACGUAUGAUGAUUUACUAAAAGAAAUAAUGUCAUUACGUAAAGAAAAAGAACAAGAUAAGCAAACAAUCAAAUUAUUGCAAGAACAGAUGUAUAAAUAUUCCAGUCAAACAAAUGGAGGAUAA